AUGAAAUAGGGAAUUAAUUAAUAUAAAAGAAAAAAAACUAUAACUUAUAUAUAGAGAGGAUAGCAAAAUUAGAGAUUUUAAAAUAAACUUGUUCUGAGUUAAUCGGAUUUGAAGAGUUUGCAAGUAUAAGAAUUUUCAUUUUAAUUGCCUGCUUCAAAUAAAGAAACUUUAAAUUUUUUCUUGAAAUAUCAAAAUCUAAAAAGUAAAACUUAAUCAUCAAUAAUAAUUAGAUCAAUAAUAACUUGAAAGUGAUACUUAAGCUCGAGAAAGAAAGAGGUAAUUUAUAUUUUUAUAAAAUUAGUAUUUGUUAUAAUGGAGAUUGA